AUGAUAGGUCUACAACAUCAAGAAUAACAUUUUCCCAGCCCAAACACCUUCGGUUCUCGCUUUGUUGUUCCACUAUCCGUGUGUAUCUGCCGUCGAGCGAGCUGCUCUGUCCAAGAAUAUCCCCCAAAAGUGGGUCAGUCGUGUUCCGUCGGGCCAUCGAGUACCUCCUCGGUAGUGCAGGAAGCAUUGAUCCAUUGAUUGUACGAGCAAUGUGCCAGCAUACCUUCACCACCGUACUGAUAACGUGCAAAGAGCGAUAGUGAAAAGCGAUUCAGUUCCCGCUGAAAAUGGCAUCCGAGCUGGAUGCGACAGUUUUGAAAAGAACGCAAAGUUCCCUCGGCAAGUUUGUGAAGCGACCCGCACUGACGGAAAAGUUGCUACGAAAACCACCGUUCCGAUUUCUUCACGACAUCGUGCACGCGAUCAUUCGAGAGCAUGGAUCGCUGGACGGGCUGUACACGGCGGACGAACUGAACUCGGACAACAUCAAGGAUCGGGACUCGAAAAUGGCGUUUCUACAGAAGCUCAUCGAUGUCGUCAAAUUGACAACUGGCCGUGAGCUAAAAGUUCGUCCUUCGAAAAUUGUUGCCGGGCUGGAACCGGAACGUACCAACGAACUGCUGCAGGCUCUCGCAAGCAUAUUGGAGGAAAAACUAAGCACAACCGAAAUAGUGCGACACUAUUUAGGCGACAAUCCAACAACGACCAACGGAGUCAAUAGCAAUGGCUCUGGCCCGAACGCUGGGCCGGAAACGAAUGGCACCAAAGGGGAAACACGCGAGGAAGGUAAAAAAUCCAAACAAGAAAGGGUGAAAGAAAAGCCCAAAGAGAAUGAAGCAACCGCGGUGGAUCCAAGACGAAAGGAUAAGAAUGGUAAAGUGAAGGAAAAGGAAGUGCUUAAGAAUGGCACAACCGUUAAACAGGUGGAAAAGGCAAAAACGAAACAAAAUGGUACUAAAGUGCAGCCUAACGAUUCCACCAAAAAGAAGAGCGACAAACCGAGCAAAGGAAAGGAGAAAGAGAAAAGCGUUAAACGUAUCUCCUCCAUCCCGGAGGAACCGCAACCACCGGCUGUGCCGGAAAGGGUGACACCCGCGCGACCGGAACCGACAACGAACGGCACCGAAUCGAUGGUAAACGGUGGAAAUGCCCCGGAAAGCCGGAAGCGAAGAGAUUCAAUCAAAGAGUUCGGCGAGCCGGUGACACUGUCCGAUGCCAAUGGUGAGGCAUCGGGUGAGGAGGAGCACGAGAAGCGGAGACAGCAGCAGCCCGGCAGCAACAGCAGCAGCCGCCGAUCGUCACUGAAAAAGCAAAACAGCUUAACGCCUAGCGAAAACAACGCCCUCUCGGAGAUGAACCAGUUUAAUGGGCUGCAAAGCUCGCUCAGCAGACAGGACAGCAACGGUGCGCUGGUCGGGCAGGAUGCACUGGCCGGGCCGGAUGACGUAGCUGCCACCUCGGAGCAACGGAUGGCAGAAGUUACGGUAACAGUUGCGGCACCGGUUGAGUCGAAAUCGUCCGCAGUGAAACCUCCGAUGCAUCGCCAGCAGUCGGUCGAGACGGUGAUGAGACCACGGACCAGCUUGAGACCACCGAGCGUGCGGCCACCGUCGGCCCGGCCCGGUGCGCCGCGCCGGAAGGAAAAGAACGUCGAGGUCAUACUGCAGCCGAACGAGACGCAAAAGCUGGGCGAAAUCAACGUAAAGAUGGAAGUGUUCAACAGCGAGCUGCUGGACGAUGAUGGGGAGAACUUGAUCGUGAUCGAGGAUCCGACCACCGUGUCCGAUGGGCUCGUGUACGGCAGGGCGGGCGAACCGCCGGGCGGAGCGGCCGACGAGACGGCACUGCUGCAGUCCGCCGAGCAGGAGGAGCAGCAGGGCCAUCUGGUGCAGCAGAUACUGGAAACGCAGAAGGAGUUCUCCACACACACCGGCACGGACAGCGAGCUGCUAAGGAAGGCGGAUAUGGAAUGGACCGCCGGGCAGCGGCAAUCGUCCGCCAGACAGAUGGAGUCGCUGCGUGAAUCCAUCCAGAAGCUGACGCGCUCCGUUAAUCCGCUCGGGAAGUUGAUGGAUUUCAUCCAGGAGGACAUCGAUUCGAUGGAGCGUGAGCUGGCCAGCUGGCAACAGAUCUACACCCAAUCCAUGGUGGAGCUCAACAAGGAGCGCAGUGCCACGGAGAACGCCAUCGAACCGCUCAAACAGCAGCUGUCGCAGAUCGAAGUCAACAUCAAAGAGUACCGCGACAUGAUCGACACCACGCGGGCCAACAUACUGCAGAACGAGGCCAAGAUCGAGCGGCUGUACAUGACGGAAAUUUAGCAAAACGAUCGCCCCACCGUCUCCUCCACGAUCGUGCGAGGACAGGGAUGAGCGAUCGUUGUUUUGCAACACGUUUUCACGAAUUUUCUUUUUACUGUUCAACUCCACCACCACAAGUGUCCUCUUCUUAACAAAUCAAACUGGAAAAUUUGGACGAAAUACAUUAGUGUGUCCAGCACGCCCUUGAACC